UCAUCUGCAGCCAAUGGCCAGGCUGCGCCGGCCAGACCCUUGUACCUGGCUGGUGGGCGCAAAGCCGUGAUCCCCGGUGCACGGUUGCCCGCGGGAGUGAAGGGGCGGUGUCUGCAGGAUUAGGGCUGGCCGCGUGGACUGAGCUCCUGGCUCGGGCAGGUUGCAGCCGUAGACCAGCAGCCAUGAGCCUGGUGGCCUGCGAGUGCCCGCCCAGCCCUGGCCAGGAGCCUGAGCCCUGCUCAAGAGCACGGUCCCAGGCUCGCAUGUACCUGGAGCAGAUUCGCAACCGGGUGGCUCCCGGGGCACCUGACAUGAGUAAGCGUGACUACCUGGUGGAUGCAGCCACGCAGAUCCGGCUGGCCCUGGAGCGCGAUGUCAGUGAAGACUACGAGGCAGCCUUCAACCACUACCAGAAUGGCGUGGAUGUUCUGCUGCGAGGCGUCAACGUCGACCCCAACAAGGAGCGAUGUGAGGCUGUAAAGCUGAAAAUUACUAAGUACCUGCGGCGGGCAGAGGAGAUCUUCAACUGCCACCUGCAGAGGACACUGGGCAGCGGAGCCAGCCCUGGCACUGGUUUCAGUAGCCUGAGGCUCCGGCCCAUCCGCACACUGAGCUCUGCCCUGGAGCAGCUGAGGGGCUGCAGGGUGGUCGGGGUCAUCGAGAAGGUGCAGCUGGUCCAGGACCCAGCGACUGGAGGGACCUUCGUGGUGAAGAGCCUGUCCAGGUGCCACAUGGCAAGCCGGGAGCGGCUGACCAUCAUCCCACAUGGUGUCCCCUAUAUGACCAAGCUGCUGCGGUACUUCAUGAGUGAGGACUCCAUCUUCCUGCACCUGGAGCACGUGCAAGGAGGCACUCUCUGGUCCCACCUGCUCUCCCAGGCCCACCCUCAGCAGUCUGGGCUCAGGUCUGGUUCCAGCCUGGAAAGAAUGAAGGCUCAGCUCAACUCCCGCCUCAGCCUCUGGACCUCAACACGGCGGCCCCCAGGCCAUACCCACCUGCAGGACAGAGUCCCUUUGGAGGGUCCACAGACUCAUCGGAGCCUCCUUCCAGCCAGGGAGGCCCCAUCCACCAGACCCCAGAGAGAGUCUGAAGGUGAACCCUCAACCAGGACCAGCACUUCCUGCUCCUCGGACCUCCCAAAGGCCCCUGGUGGCCUCCUGCACCUCCAAUCCAGGCGAAGACCUGGCCAGAACUUGGACACAGGGUCCCCUUCAGGGCUCCCUUGGGUUCACGAGGGGGCCAGCCGGGUGCUGGGGGGCUGUGGCUGUGGUAGAGGACAGAGCCGCCCCUCCGUGGAUGAGGCCAGCCUAGGGUCUUCCUGGCGUGUGAGGGAAGAGCAGGUGAAGCAGUGGGCGGCCGAGACGCUGCUGGCCCUGGAGGCACUGCACGAGCAGGGGGUGCUGUGCCGGGAUCUCAAUCCCCGGAACCUUCUCCUGGACCAGACAGGUCACAUCCGGCUCACGUAUUUUGGCCAGUGGUCAGAGGUGGAACCCCAGUGCUGCACGGAGGCUUUGGACAACCUCUACAGUGCCCCAGAGGUGGGUGGGAUUUCUGAGCUGACCGAAGCCUGUGACUGGUGGAGCUUUGGGUCUCUACUGUAUGAAUUGCUGACUGGAACGGCCCUGUCCCAGAGCCACCCCUCAGGAAUCCAGCCUCACACCCAGCUCCAGCUGCCCGAGUGGCUCAGUCGCCCAGCAGCCUCCCUGCUGAUUGAGCUGCUGCAGUUUGAUCCCACCCGGCGCCUGGGCGCUGGAGGAGGCGGAGUCAACAGGCUCAAGUCCCACCCCUUUUUCAGUACUAUCCAGUGGAGCAAAUUGGUGGGGUAAGGGGGUGGGGUGGGCCAUGGAAGCGGCUGGACUGGUCUGGAUCUCUUCUCUUCGCCUGUCACCCAGAGCUGGGCCCUCUUAUCAAUGGCCCUCCGGAAAAGAAUGCAGGGCAGCUGCCUUUCCUGCUUAGGCCCCUCCCUUGGGCCUCGGAAGUCAUCAUCACCACUGCCCUCGAGGCGCCCAGAAACUCUCCCAGCCAGCUCUUGGAGAAACCCUUUCUGGUCACUGCUUAGGGGGAGGGACAGGACAGAUCUCACCCUGCUAGGCAGCUUGGACCCCUCCACCCAUCAGGCAACAGAUGCCUGUUGAGUGCAUACCCUAUACCUCAAACGCAGACCUACCACACCGCGGUAAAGGGUGCCUCCUGUCACCUUAGCUCUGAACUCCCGACCACCUGCUGAGCUGACUGCGGGGUUCUGUGACUUGAUACCUGCCAUGUUGUGCCCCACUUGUGACAUCUCUGGAGACUUCUCUCAGGAUACUGGGCCACUGGCUCAGUGGAUCAAACCAAGGCUGCCCUGGUUGGUCACCUUAGCCAUGACUAGUGGGCUUCUUGCACCAGAGGCUACUCCUGCAGGGGGUGGGGGAGGCGGGGGAAGCAGGAAGUCUGCAGUGGGCAUGGCGUGGGGGGAAGGGGUGGACAGGGUGAUUCAACCCCCCUCCUGACCGUGUCCCCUAUCUUGUGAUUUCAGACUUUGGAGAACAAAAUGAAGGGAGGGCAGGAAAAUAAGGAUAUGGAGGAAUGGGGGGAGGGGGGAGUGCACACGCAUGCCUCUUAGAGCAAUUUUGGAAUAAAAAGGUCCAUUCCCCAGCUAGCCUACCAGUGUGGAGCAAAUGGGGAGCCUGCCCCAUGAAUCUGAGAGGAGAUCACAACUCAGCCUCUAGGCUGAAGCUGCUAAGACAAGUUGUACCCAUUACGAUUCCCUUCUCAGGCAUCCGUCCUAUUGACCAUUUUGCAUUUUAGUCUUGAGGGCCCACUCAAUUCACUGCCCACUGGGACUUCAUCCCCUUUUGAAGUGAGAACUCAAAAGAGACACGGAAUGAUUGCCCAAGCUUUUAGCCAUAAGCAAGAUGUUUCCGGGGUAAGUAGUUACCCCCAAAGACAAUCCCCUCCCCAGGUUUAGGGUCCUUAUUUGUCUCAGGACUCACCCUGUCACUGGGGUGUGGCACUUAAGAUAAAAACUUCCACCAGACUUCUGCCCCCAACUCCUUCCCUUCAGUGUGUCUCUGACACCACCAGGUGGCGCUUCUGACACUUCACUCUGUGAAGGACCAAGUCUAACUCGGGGGGUAGGGACCUGUGUUAAGGAGGCCAGAAUGACUCUGGGGCAGAGGACGUGGGGAAGCACAGCCUAGUUGAGUCCUGGUUUCCCUGCGGCUCGCCCAUAUCCCCCCAAUAAAGAAUGAUGUUGCCUAUGGUG